AAGAGAGAGGAGAACGAGGGGGCGAAAUGGGAGAAGAGGAUUCGAAGCCGCCGCGGCGCGACUUCCCGGCGUUCCCUUUUGAGCCCUAUCCGAUCCAGACCGACUUCAUGAGUUCUCUGUACGAUUUCCUCGACAAAGGAGGCGGCAUCGCCAUGCUCGAGAGCCCCACCGGGACUGGGAAAACCCUAAGCCUCAUCUGCGGCGCCAUGCAGUGGGUCGUUGACCAGAGGAGGAAACAGCGGCAACCGAAGCCGCGUCGCGGUCCCCCGACGCUGAAUGCAGAUCCCGGUGAAGCCAACCAUGGUGGUGAUGACGAUGAACCCCAAUGGAUGAGGGACUUCGACGUCACUGCUGCGGAUAAGAAAGAGAUUCCGAGAAGAAGAAAUAGUUUUGCGUUGGGGUAUUUUGACAGGAAGGCGUCGAUUGCAAAACCAAUGGGCGGGAAGAAGAUCCCUGUGGAGCCCGUGGAUGAUGAAGAGGAGUAUUUGGUGGAGGAAUACGAGAGCGAAGAAGAGGGGAUGGGCAAUGGCGUUGGGAGACCGAAGAGGAAGGGAGGAAGGGGUUCCAAUUGGAGCAGCAGCGAUGAGGAGGCCGAUGAAGAGGAAGAAGAGGAGGAGGUGACGCCACAGGUUUAUUUCUCUAGCCGGACACAUUCACAGCUGUCACAGUUUGUGAAGGAGUUCAAGAGGACGGCUUUUGCUUCGGAGCUCAAUGUCAUUUGUUUAGCUUCGAGGAAGAACCUGUGUAAUAACUCUGAGGUUUUGAAGCUGGGGAACACGAACCAGAUCAAUGAACGGUGCUUGGAGUUGCAAAAGAACCAGAAAGAUGCUAAAAUGAAGGUCCUGAAUGACAAGGGGAAGGCACGGUGCACAAAGAUCGCAUCUGGUUGUCCUAUGUUAAGAAAGCAGAAAUUGCAGAAUCUGUUCAAGAGUGAGGUACGGGACAGGGGUGCAAUGGACAUUGAGGAUCUUGUGCAGCUAGGAAGUAAAAUCGGGAGCUGUCCAUACUAUGGAGCUCGUAACAUGGUUCGUUCAUCUGAUAUCGUUGUGCUUCCCUACCAAUCCCUAUUGUUGAGGUCAGCUCGUGAGUCGUUAGGUUUGAAUUUGAGGAGGAAUAUAAUAAUUAUUGAUGAAGCCCACAACCUAGCUGAUUCCUUCACCAGCAUGUACAAUGCAAAGAUCACCCAGAUGCAGUUGAAGCAAGUACUCUGCAACCUUGAGUUCUACCUUGACAAGUUUCGAGGUCGUCUGGGAGCAGGAAAUCGACGCUACAUCCAGACACUUAUCAUGUUAAUUCGGUCCUUCCUUCAACUGUUGCUUCAAUUUCAUGGCAUCGAUUCUUGCAGAAAUGAGCAGGAGUUGAAAGGGAAACUUGGUGAUACUUCGAUGACGAUAAAUGAGUUCUUAUUUUCUCUUAACAUUGACAACAUCAACUUCGUGAAACUCCACAGAUAUAUGAAAGAAAGCAAAAUAAUUUACAAGGUAAGUGGAUAUGGAACUAAAUUGGCAGGCUUACAGAGAGACUCCAUUCAUUCUGAUAGUCAGGGCAAUGAUACAGAAGGAAGCAUCUUAUCUGGCUUUCAGGCAUUAGCUGAUAUUAUAAUUUCACUGGCAAACAAUGAUAGAGAUGGAAGAAUAUUACUCUCAGGACUGAAACUUGCUGAUCAAAGAGAAGAAAAAUACAUUAAAUUUGUGAUGCUUUCUGGAGAGAGAAUAUUUUCUGAGAUUUUGGAUCAAUCAUAUGCUGUUAUUCUGGCUGGGGGGACACUCCAGCCUAUUGAAGAGACAAGAGUACGUCUCUUCCCUAGCUUGUCACUAGAACAAGUGCAUUUCUACACGUGCAACCAUAUUGUCCCUCCAGAGAGUAUUUUGCCCAUUUCAGUUCCUCGUGGACCAUCAGGCAUCAAUUUUGAUUUCAGUUACAAUUCAAGAAGUUCUUUGAACAUGAUAGAAGAACUGGGGCGCCUACUUUGCAAUCUAGUGGCAAUUGUUCCAGAAGGAGUAGUAGUGUUCUUCUCUUCGUUUGACUAUGAACGACGAGUUUAUGAUGCAUGGAAGGCUUCAGGACUGCUUUCAAAAAUUCUAAAGAAAAAAAUUGUAUACAGAGAACCCAGAAGCAGUAACGACAUCGAUCUUGUACUUAAGAAGUACAAAGAAACAAUUGCAUGUUGUGAUAGAACACCAAAAUCUUCAGGAAUCAGUGGAGCAGUACUCCUAGCUGUAGUUGGUGGAAAGAUUUCUGAAGGUAUAAAUCUAAGUGAUGGUAUGGGUCGUUGCAUUAUAAUGGUUGGACUUCCAUAUCCAAGCCCUGAUGUUGAAUUGAUCGAAAGAGUAAAACACAUAGAAGGACUAGGAGAAGCCCCCUUACAGCGAUGCAGCGAGCCCUUCAGUGGUAUACCUUAUGAUGACUGCAAAUCUGGCUUCGAAGUUUUAAGAAGUUGCAAGCAAAGAGGAAAAGAGUACUAUGAGAACUUGUGCAUGAAGGCUGUGAACCAAUCAAUCGGUCGAGCUAUUAGGCAUAUAAAUGACUACGCUGCGGUCUUGUUGGUGGACUCACGAUAUGCAUGCAACUCAUCAAACCGGAGUCCCUCACACCCGACUAACAAGCUACCCCUGUGGAUAAAGCAACGGUUUGUUUCAGCCACCCAAGGCUACGGUGAAGUCCAUAGAUUGCUGCAUCAGUUCUUCCAAUUUAAUAGAAAGAAGAUGCCUAAAUAAAUGCACACAAGCACAAAUAAUUCGGACUCUCAGAUGGAUUGCUGCUUCUGCUGAAAACAUUCAGGAGUAUACAUACAUCAGAUCUCAAUGAAGAAGCCACAUUUUCUCAGAACAAACACAUGCUCAUGGCCGCUUGAGAAUUUGCAUCUUUGCUUGGUAUAAUCCUUGUUACUUAUUUCUUUAUCUUAGAUGUUAGCAAUUCUUAUUCUCAACAAG